AGGUGGGUCGGAUCCCCGUUGGGCUCGGCAAGCGGAGGCUCCGAAUUGUCGUCACCGGCGGUGCUGGGUUCGUUGGGUCUCAUCUUGUUGACAAGCUCCUUGACAGAGGCAACGACGUGAUUGUGAUUGAUAAUUUCUUUACCGGGAGGAAGGAUAAUCUGGUGCACCAUUUUGGGAACCCGAGGUUCGAGCUCAUUAGGCACGACGUCGUUGAGCCGAUUCUGCUGGAGGUGGAUCAGAUCUACCACUUGGCCUGCCCUGCCUCCCCUGUUCAUUAUAAGUACAACCCAGUCAAAACCAUUAAGACCAAUGUGAUGGGUACUCUUAAUAUGCUGGGACUUGCCAAGCGAAUUGGGGCAAGGUUUUUGCUCACCAGUACGAGUGAGGUGUAUGGGGACCCCCUGGAGCAUCCUCAGAAGGAGACUUACUGGGGAAAUGUAAAUCCUAUAGGUGAGAGGAGUUGUUAUGAUGAAGGAAAGAGGACAGCAGAGACAUUGGCAAUGGAUUAUCAUCGAGGUGCAGAUGUCGAGGUCCGUAUUGCUCGAAUUUUCAACACUUAUGGUCCACGUAUGUGUUUGGAUGAUGGGCGUGUUGUCAGCAAUUUUGUUGCUCAGGCUAUCCGCAGACAGCCAUUGACUGUGUACGGUGAUGGUAAACAAACACGAAGCUUCCAAUAUGUCUCUGAUUUGGUCAAUGGACUGGUGGCAUUGAUGGACGGUGAACAUGUGGGGCCUUUCAACCUGGGUAAUCCAGGGGAGUUCACCAUGCUAGAGCUUGCUGAGGUUGUCAAAGAAACAAUUGAUUCAAGUGCGACAAUAGAAUUCAGACCAAAUACUGCUGAUGAUCCGCAUAAGAGGAAACCUGACAUUAGCAAAGCAAAGGAGCUAUUGAACUGGGAGCCAAAAGUGUCCUUGAGGGAGGGACUGCCUCUUAUGGUGAGCGAUUUCCAGAAUCGCAUUUUAAACGAAGACGAAGGAAAGGCCAUUAAUUAAGAAUGCGGAGAACCAGUAUGUAUAGUGUGAAGAAUGACUGUAUCUUAUCGAUUCGUUUAUUAUUGUCGUCCUUUUACAUUA